AUGACCUGGAAUGGAACUCCUGUGUCACUUCGUAGCGUUCCAAAGCAAGUCUCACACCAUUUUUCACGAAACCCUAAGAUUUUGUACAACGUAUUGCAACAAACGAACGCGGAACUUUAUUGGCUAAGCCAACUUCGUCACCCAAACAUUCUUCUUCUUCUUGGUGUAACGUUUCUUAUGCCCCAGUCCAUGGUUCCCAGUCUGGUUGUUGAGAGGGUCUACAGUGGCUGCUUGAAUGAUGUUAUUAAGAAGGAGAAUCUCUUCGAAGAGCCAACGAAAGCCCAGCUGGGAUCAGUUAGCGAAGGGGAAUCAAACUCAUCCUUAAGUUCAAUCAGUCCAAACAAGCAAUGGAUCAGGAGCGAGCCCUCAAAGAAGCUAUCCGACGAUGAGAUAGUCUGCCUUGCGCCCUGGCUGGCCCCAGAGGUCGUGGUGUUCAGCCGCUGCCAGGGCCAAAUCGGAUUGGCCAUGCAGGGCGGUGGUGGUUGCGGUGGUGGUGCAGGUGACUCCGCUUACCAGAGCAUCCUGGGCGGUGACUGCGUCCCCAGUCCCGCCUCUGACACCUUCGGCAUCGCAAGGGUCAUGCAAGAGCUGCUUGACCCACUGUGUGCACCCCGCUUCAACAGCGCGGCUCACUCAACAACGGAGAGUGCAUCAGACACUUCGAGGCAGCAGUCCAUUUUAGCGCGACUGCGUCCUGCACUCAAGAAUGCCCUCCGACGCGAUCCCUCGUCUCGUGGACCGAUCGAAAAUUUACACGAGGUGGUGCUGCAAGCUGGUAGGGUGCUUGAAGAUCAACAAUCUCCAUCGAAGUUUGAUGAUGAUGAUGACCACGGGUCAAGACAUCGGUAUGACAGUGCUGGACUUCGACGAAAUGUGACCACACCUUUGAACUCGCAGCGCUGCCACCUCGCCUCACUUUAUGCACUUCAAAGCCUCGCUUCGCGACUCAAAAAUGACAAUGCGUGUCUCGAGCCACUCUUGAACCGAGAGGAGGGGCGGGGGACGUCCACAAUGGACUGCGUUACUGAGGCUAAAAUUGCCCUCCUAACUUUGCUGAACCUUGUCUGUGUCGCUCACGCGAUUUCGACGGUUCCUCCACGGACCACACCAAUUUGUCGAGCAAGCUCGUUUCAGCUAUCCCAGAAAACCGAAACGGGACCGUGGAAGAAGGAGAUUCGUCGUCUGGUGAAUCGAAAAAGGCGCAAAAGGCAUCGUGCAGGCCCGCGAAAGAGACUCACGUGCAUGGAGAGUUGCCUGCUGAAGCCGCUGACCUUCAGCAGCCCCAUCCCCGCCCCACAGCGACAAUGCACCAGCCUGACGAAGGAGCAGUACAUUGAACUGGUGGCGAUCCCGAGCGGCCCACUGGGGCCUGGGCGAGCAAGGCCAACUGUGCCUUGGAAGCACCCCAGCGCACCCGCACCCACCCCCUCCGCGUCCUCCUCGUCAACUCUCGCGUCCUCGUCCGAGUUGGUCGCUGGCUGGCGGUCGUUAGUCGACGAUACGGGGAACUGGGCGGAUAUGGACCUUGAUUCCAAAAAAGUUCUGGAAGGAUUACAGGUUGAUGGACGUUCUAGUCCAUGA